AAACAAAGAAAAUUUGAAAAAAAAAAGUUUAAAAGGGUAAAUAUAUGAAAAAGAACUCCUGACCACUCCUUGAUGUUUGCAAUUUUUUCAUCACGACCCUUGUUAUAUGACCAUGUUUCACCCAUAAAAUCCCCCAAAAAUCCAGCUGUGUCUUGACACUCAGUGAUACAUGCUACAUGGAGUUUUUGGAUCGGCACAAGGCAGUUACGCGAUAAUAUCUCGUUAAAGUCAUGGCGUCUGUAAUUCUGCCAAAUAACUUUAGCCUAAUGGUUAUGUCCAGGUAUUUUCUGAAGUUUUAAUUCGCUUCUACCCUUCACGUGAAAAAGGUUAAUGAAUGCUAGCACUAGCUAGUCUUUACACCACAACAAAACCUGAGGAUCCAAGGGAUGCAACACGCCCACCGACCACCAUCCCCUCCUCCAACCGCCUCAUUUCUCCUCCCGUGUGCGCCGGCUCGGCGCUCUGUCAGAACCCCUUGAGUUUUACACCAAGGGAUUAUCACUCUCUCGCUGAGAUACACAAACACAUACGUUUAGCGCUGCGUGCCGGUUCCGGUUCCUUUUCUCGCAGAGUCUGUUGAUGCUUUUGUCGCUCGGGAGCAGAGGAGGUUGUUGCCCGACACCACGUGUUGUUUUUUUUCUCCUAGCUACAGCCCGGGUUGCUGCUAAUGGAGGACUAGGGUGUGUAAGAGGAACGAACAAAGACGCCUUCGCCUCGCCCCGGUUGCCACCAUGUCUGGCGCCUUCGACGAGUCGGCCAGCCUGGAGGAGAGCACCGACAGUUUCUGGGAGGUGGGAAACUACAAGCGUACAGUGAAGAGGAUCGACGACGGUCAUAGACUCUGCAAUGACCUUAUGAAUUGCAUCCAGGAGCGAGCUAAAAUCGAGAAAGCCUACUCUCAGCAACUGACCGACUGGUCCAGAAGAUGGAGACUGCUGGUGGACAAAGGUCCUCAAUACGGCACGGUAGAACGCGCCUGGAUGUCGCUCAUGACCGAGGCGGAGAAGGUCAGUGAUCUUCACCACGAAGUGAAGAACAACUUGAUGGCCGAGGACUUUGAGAAAGUGAAGAACUGGCAGAAAGACUCCUACCACAAGCAGAUGAUGGGAGGAUUUAAGGAAACCAAAGAGGCAGAUGAGGGAUUCAAGAAGGCCCAGAAGCCCUGGGCUAAAAAGUUAAAGGAGCUGGAGGCUGCAAAAAAGGCAUACCACAUGGCCUGCAAAGAGGAGAAGCUGGCCUCCACCAGGGAGGCCAACGGCAAGAGUGAAGCCUCAGUCACUGCUGACCAGUUGAAAAAACUCCACGAGAAAGUUGACAAGUGCAAGCUGGAUUCCCAAAAGGCCAAGGACAAGUACGAGAAGGCUCUGGACGAGCUGAACAAAUGUACACCUCAGUACAUGGAGAGCAUGGAGCAGGUCUUCGAUCAGAGUCAGCAGUUUGAAGAGAAGAGACUUAGCUUCAUCCGAGAGGUAUUCCUGGACGUCAAACGCCACCUGAACCUGACAGAGAACCAAAGUUACGCAUCCGUGUACCAAGAACUUGAACAUACCAUCACGUCGGCCAGCGCUCAAGACGAUCUCCAGUGGUUUAAAAACAACCACGGUCCUGGCAUGCACAUGAACUGGCCGCAGUUUGAGGAGUACAACCCAGACCUCAGCCACAGCAUCACGAAGAAGUCCAAGAAAGGAAGCGAUUCCAUCAUGCUGACCAAUAUCACAUCCACAGUGGAUCGGGCACAAGCUGGUGAUCAGGGCAGCGUAAACAGCUACGAUAAGACCCAGCUGCACAGGGCCUCCAACGAAUGGUCGGACGAGGAUCAGACGGCGCCCGACUCGGCCAGCGACACCAACGGCGGCGGCAACCCUUUUGACGACGACUCCUCCGGCGGCGUGCGGGUGAGGGCGUUGUACGACUACGAAGGCCAGGAGCAGGACGAGCUCAGCUUCCGAGCAGGAGAAGAACUGACAAAACUGGAGGAGGAGGACGAGCAAGGCUGGUGCAAAGGCCGCCUGGACAGCGGCCAGCUGGGUCUUUACCCGGCUAAUUACGUGGAGCCUAUCUAGCGGGCUAGCUAGCUAGACGUCGGCGCGAACUUCAAAACGGACUCCACUUUCCACGGGGGAACGCACAUUGACCACCUCCGCCUUUCUUUCAAGCACCUGAACUUAGGUUCCCCAGUUCAGGACCAUGCGACCUUCUAAUUCUGCAUUUUUUGUGAGACGGUCUUCAAAGCGGUGCCUGGAUUUGAGCAAGAACGAGCUAUGCAUUGUGCAUUCCGUGUAUAUAUUGACGUCGUUUUUUUUUUUUUAACCAUCUGGAUGCUUGGACGGCGUUCACCAUCUAUGUUCGACGUGUACAAGUAGUCUUCAUUGAGCCUAAUGCAUGUUUUUGAAACGUGCCGGGAAAGCAAAACUGUGAGAAGAACAUGAAAACCACUCGAGCGCCAUGAAAUGCUAAUUCAUACUUUUAAAUGUGAUUUUUUUUUAAACGUGAUUUUUUUUUUUAAUUUCAACAUCUGACUUCAAACUUGAGCUGGCGAUAAAAUGUUUUUCCUGAACAGCACUUGCUGAAGGAUAAAGUCGUUGGCUAGCAUUGACGGGGAUAGACGUCAAUGGCAGCUAACGGGUUCACUCGGAGGCGUUCGUUUUUUUUUAGUGGGCUUUUUGAGGCAAGGGUCAUUUUUUUAAUAGGGUGCCAUUUCGACAUAACACAUGGACACUAAGGGGGGACAUUUUGUGCUAAAGUUAGCUCUCAGCCUAGCUUUGCUAGCAUUAUAGCUAACAUGAAUUUGUAUAUUACAUGGGGCUUUGCAAGGCAAAGGCCCAGAUAGUAAAAUUCCUUUUUUAUUUUUUGAAUGGUGUUUCUUCAGCACGCCGCACUGUCCAAACCGUUUAACCGAUUCACCAUUCAAAUAUCAAAAAUGACCGAAAUUUUCACGCAACUCAGGCAGUUUUUCGAAUGACCCCCCAAAAUUUUCCGUUAACACGUGAACGCGGGUUUUUUGAAAAAAAAAAAAAAAAAAAAAAGGUUAAAAAUGUAUUUAGUCCUUUUUUGACCAAAUCACAUAAAUUACACAUCAAAAAAUCCGUGAUGGUAAGAGGGAUAAAAGAUGUAUACACAAUUUGCCAAAAACCUACGGUUCCCCCGAAAUUCGCCAAAAGCUGUCCCAUUAAUUUUUAAUGGGAUGCCACUGACAGCCGUGUACGUCCAAAUUUCCCAUUCAUUAUCAAUGGUAGGAAAACAUAGGUCCUUGUGAUUUUUGACCAUUUACCAUGACAGCCCAUUGACAUUCAUCUGGCACCCAUAUAAGUCGAUGCCAUUAACAGACAUGCACGUCCAUGCCAUUGACGGCUAUGCAUGUCCAAAUUUUCCAUUCAUUUUAAAUGGCAGAAAACCUGUGUGGUUGUGGUAUUUAACCAAAAACGUACCGUAACAGCUCAUUGACCUUCAACUGGCGUCCAAGUAAGUUGAUGAACAACCAUGCUCGUCCAUGCCAUUGACAGCCAUGUACGUCUAAAUUUCCAUUGAUUUUCAAUGGCAGAAAAACCUUGUGGUUGUGACUUUUUUUACCAAAAAACUUAAUUACAGCUCAUUGACAUUCAACUGGCGCCCAAGUAAGUCAAUGCCAUUAACAGCCAUGCACGUCCAUGCCAUUGACGGCUAUGCACGUCCAAAUUUACUUACCGUUGCAACUCAUUGACAUUCAACUGGCGUCCAAGUAAGUCGAAUAACAACCAUGCUCGUCCGUGCCAUUGACGGCCAUGUACGUCUAAAUUUCCAUUGAUUUUCAAUGGCAGAAAAACCUGUGUGGUUGUGAUUUUUUACUAAAAACUUAAUUACAGCUCAUUGACAUUCAACUGGUGCCCAAGUAGGUCGAUGCCAUUAACAGACAUGCACGUCCAUGCCAUUGACGGCCAUGUACGUCCAAAUUUCCACUGAUUUUAAAUGGCAGAAAACCUGUGUGGUUGUGAUUUUUGACCAAAAACUUACCAUUACAGCUCAUUGACAUUCAACUGGCACCCAAGUAAGUCGAUGCCAUUGACAGCCAUUCAACCGGACGUAUGUCCGAAAUGUCCCCAAACCAAGAGAAAGUGACCUGAUAACAACAGGAUGAGUCCCCGAAAUGUCUUCAAUUCAGCAGGAAGUGUACCCUGUACACUGUACAAAUGUACCCAAAUCAACAGGAAGUGGCCUGAUAGAUCUGUACCUACCACAGCAAAGCCCCAUCGUAAUUUCUGCAGUUUUGCAUGAAAGCGUUUUGAAAUGAUUCAAUUCCUUUUUUUUUUUUAAUUUAUAAUUUUAACAGAGUGGACACGUGAUUGAUCACACACUAAUACAACUUGACAAAGUGGACAGUGACACUAGGAACAAACAGAAAACCUUUUUUUUUCUUUUUUAAAUUAUUUAAAAAUAACAUGAUUAAAUACAGUUAAUCCAAGACAAUAACAUCACUAUUAUGUUGUUGUUUUUUUUUACCUAUUUUACUGACUGGAUUUGAAUGAAACACCAUGGGGACCCAGCAAAAUUCCAUUACAACCUUUUUACCAGAAAUCAAUUCGAUUUAAAAGAUUGAAUUUAGGAGCCUGUAACUGAAUUUAUAAUAGACGGCAAUUGAUAAUACUCAGUUGAAUGAGUACCAUAAUUUUUGGACUAUAAGCCGCUACUUUUUUACCUUAUUUUGAAUCCUGCAGUUUAUAGUCAAGUGCGGCUUAUUUGUUGAUUUAUUUGGGUUAAUAGGUCAUGCUUUAUUUGACAGUGGUGUCAUAAUUAUGUCAUGACAUUGUCAUGGGCAUUACUGAAUGCUUAUGACAGAUGUCAUUAAGUGUCAUCAGGCAAAUUAUGCCACUGACUCCAUUUCUCCAGCUCAGAUGACAUUAAAUAACAUCUGUUAUAAGCAUUCAUUAAUGCUCAUGACAGUGUCAUGUCAUGAUUGUCCUAUGGCAGUCUUACGGCGCCACUGUUAAAGUAAGUGUUACCAAAUACCAUAACUAGCAAUUAAUGAAACAACUGGAACAGUAACUGAAGAAAUAAUUAGCAUAGAACAUGAAUUUUGAUCGGUAUUUACAUCUGUAGUGCUGCAAUGCAUGCUAAGAGGCAUGUUGGGUGACAACAGUGUUGACAGCAGGUGGCAGCAGAGGUUGACUCUCUCCCCCAAGGGAGCAGUGAUGGCCAGAUGAAGCUUCUUGAAGCAAUGAAGCUUUGCAGCUAAUUGGUUCAAAGCUUCAUUGUUGUUUAUUUGAUCUUCUGACAGUCAUAGGAUGUCGCAGUCAACUAAAGUGUUACUGGUUAAUAUCUUUUGGCGUAAAUAUCUCAUAAUACAUUGAGGACAGCUGUGGCUUGUAGUCAGGUGCGGCUUAUCUAUGAACAAAUGUCGUUGUCAUGCGAAAUUUGGUGGAUGGCGGCUAAUAGUCAGGUGCACCUUCUAGUCCAAAAGUUGCGGUAUUUGUCCAGCUUUAGUGAAAAUACAUAUGGGGAAACAAUUGGCACCUUAUUAAAAAAAAAAAAAAUGACCUGCAUGCAUUCUGUGUCAGAUGUGAGUUUAUGUAGAGUGUGUUGUAAAUUUCAAAGAUUAGAAGGUUUUAAGUAGCAUGUCAUCAGAGGGAUGUAUAUUUUAUUCCAGCUUUAUGUGAUUUUGAUCUUUAUUUGUUUUGAGGGUUUUUUCGGGUUUUAUUUGAUUUUGUUAUUUAAUUUGAUUUGAACAAAUUUAAUUUAAGUUUGUGUUUGAUUCUAAUUUAUUUGUUUUUUUUGUUUGUUUGUUUUUAUUUUUACGUAGAUAUACAGUGCUACCUCUACUUAGGAAAUUAAUUGGUUUUGGAAGUAGUCUUGUAAACUGAUAAUUCCAUGAGUAGAGAUGUGUUUUCCAUGUAAACGGCCUAAUCUGUUCCAAGCACCCCAAAAUUCAUACAUAAAUCUUGUAUAAAGCCUCAAAACCUGUAACAAAUAUAUGUUACGAUUAGAUUAUUGCGGAAAAAAAAAAAUGAGAGUUGUGAUAGAGAAUCAAAGUUGAUACACUCACAUUAAGCUGUCGGAACACUUCGUGGCGUGUGAAGAGGACGCUGGGAUACACACAUACAGUACAGUACAUACAUAGAGUAUUUAGUCAACCACCAAUUGUGCAAGUUCUCCUACUUGAAAAGAUUAAAGAGGCCUGUAAUUGUCAACAUUGGUAAACCUCAACCAUGAGGGACAGGAUGUGGAAAAAAACAGAAAAUCACAUUGUUUGAUUUUUAAAGAAUUUAUUUCCAAAUUAGAGUGGAAAAUAAGUAUUUGGUCACCUACAAACUGUCAAAGAGGUCUAACUUCUUCUAACGAGGCUCUAUUCGUUACCUAUAUUAUUGGCACCUGUUUUAACUCAUUAUCGGUAUAAAAGACACCUGUCCACAAGCUCAGUCAGUCACACUCCAAACUCCAAUAUGGCCAAGACCAAAGAGCUGUCGAAGGACACCAGAGACAAAAUUGUAGACCUGCACCAGGCCGGGAAGCCUGAAUCUGCAAUAGGUAAAACGCUUGGUGUAAAGAAAUCAACUGUGGGAGCAAUUAUUAGAAAAUCAAAGACAUACAAGACCACUGAUAAUCUCCCUCGAUCUGGUGUUCCAUGCAAGAUCUCACCCCGUGGCAUCAAAAUGAUAACAAGAACGGUGCGCAAAAAUCCCAGAUCACACGGGGGGACCUAGUGAAUGACCUACAGAGAGCUGGGACCACAGUCACAAAUGCUACUACUAUCAGUAACACAAUGCCUCACUAGGAACUCAAAUCCUGCACUACCAGACAUGUCCCCCUGCUGAAGCCAGUACACGUCCAGGCCUGUCUGCGGUUCGCUAGAGAGCAUUUGCAUGAUCCAGAAGAGGACUGGGAGAAUGUGUUAUGGUGAGAUGAAACCAAUACAGAACUUUUUGGUAGAAACACAAGUUCUCGUGUUUGGAGGAGAAAGAAUACUGAAUUGCAUCCGAAGAACACCAUAUCCACUGUGAAGCAUAGGGGUGGAAACCUCAUGCUUUGGGGCUAUUUUUCUGCGAAGGGACCAGGACAACUGAUCUGUGUAAAGGAAAGAAUGAAUGGGGCCAUGUAUCGAGAGAUUACGAGUGAAAAUCUCCUUUCAUCAGCAAGGGCAUUGAAGAUGAGACAUGGCUGGGUCUUUCAGCAUGACAGUGAUCCCAAACACACAGCCAGGGCAACAAAGGAGUGGCUUUGUAAGAAGCAUUUCAAGGUCCUGGAGUGGCCUAGCCAGUCUCCAGAUCUAAACCGCAUAGAAAAUCUGUGGAGGGAGUUGCAAGUCCGUGUUGCCCAACGACAGCCCCAAAACAUCACUGCUCGAGAGGAGAUCUGCAUGGAGGAAUGGGCCAAAAUACCAGCAACAGUGUGUGAAAAGCUUGUGAAGAGUUACAGAAAACGUUUGGCCUCCGUUAUUGCCAACAAAGGGUACAUAACAAAGUAUUGCGAUGAACUUUUGGUAUUGACCAAAUACUUAUUUUCCAACAUGAUUUGCAAAUAAAUUUUUUAAAAAUCAAACAAUGUGAUUUUCUGUUUUUUUUUCCACAUUCUGUCUCUAAUGGUUGAGGUUUACCCAUGUUGGCAAUUACAGGCCUCUCUAAUAUUUCCAAGUGGAAGAACUUAGAACAAUUAGUGGUUGACUAAAUACUUAUUUGCCCCACUGUUCACAUACAGUAGAGGACCCUCUUAGCCAAUUUGAUGACAGGAAGAUGCUAGGCAAUAGUCGAUGGCAGAGCAGCUCUUAGUAUGUAACGGUCAUUAAACUCUGGGAGCUGUGAGUAGCAGCCAUACAGUAGUUUUGCCUUUCUUUUAUAACAAAAGGCAAUAUUUUCCCGUUAAGGCUUGUCAUAACGUGAAAAUUUCGUAUCUAGAGACGUUCAUAAAUAGAGGAACCACUGUAUUUAAUUAUUUUACCGUAUUCUAAUUUCAUUUUGGGAUACAUAAUUAAUCUUAUUGCAUUUUCAUUUUUUUUCUAGUUUUUUUUUGUAACUCAUUAAUUCGAUUUCAUUUGAAUCUCUAUUUAUGCUGUCCUAUUUUAUAUUUGAUUUUUUUUUUCUUGUUUUACGUUUGUCCCGCUUAUUUGUUUUUCUGUUUUUUUAUGUUUUACUCAUACAUUUGGUUUAAUAUGAAUAUAUUUUUCUGUAUUGAUAGAAUUUCUUAUUUCAUUUUUUUUCUUGUUUUACUAUUGUCCCUCUUUUUCCCCUUUUUAUUGCAUUGUUUUUAUUCUACUCCUUUUUUUUUGUUGUUUUUUUUUUGUAUUUUACUCAUAAUAGUUUGAUUUCAUUUGAAUAUAUUUUUCUGUACUGAUGCUAUUUAUUUCAUUUUUUUCUUAUACUGUAUUGGCCCGAAUAUAAGACGGCCCUGAUUAUAAGACGACCCCCUCUUUUUCAAGACUCAAGUUUGAAAAAAGACUUUUUGAACACCAAAUUAAUUUUUACACAGAAAAUAAUUACAGUAAAGCCGAAACAAAUGAUUAUAACAAUAUAUUUGAGAGAAAAAGCAUGUUAUUUUGCCUCAUUCAAAUCUUCAUAUCUGAACAUUUAAAUAUGUAAACGAAAGUGCAAUCACAUGGCUUCUGGUUUUUGAAAUAUAAAUAAACCGAUCUAUUGUGAUAAAACAACAAAGUUGUAAUAACUGCAUUAACUAUCAAAAUGAAGUCUAACUAGUCUUGAAACAAAUCUGAAUAAGGAAAAACAUUGCAAUAAAAUAAUGCAAACUGGUUAAACGAGAGUAGCUGAGAUCUAUCAUGAAAGAACAUCACUUCAAUGAUAUCUGGCGCCAUCUAGCGUCGUGAAUGGGGAGAGCAGCUGAGAUCUGUCAUUACAGAACAUCGCUUCAAUGAUAUUUGGCGCCAUCUAGCGUCGUGAAUGGGUAUAAUGUCUCGACCGCGAAUAUAAGACGACCCCCUCUUUUUCAGUCUUACUUCAAUGCAAAAAACACCGUCUUAUAUUCGGGUCAAUACGGUAUUUUUGUCUCACUUUUUUUUUCUUUUUUUUUUUCUUUUUGUUUAAUCCCACUUUGUUCGUCUUUUAUUCUCCUUAUCUCGCUUUUUUCUUUUUCCUAAUUUAACUCAUCGACUGCCAUUGACGGCACUAGACGUCCAAUCCGUUUGAAAAUUGAUUGGACGUCUACUUGUCAUCAACUCAUUUUGUUUACAGCAAAAAUAUUGGACGCCGCAUGAUUGGACGUCUAUCACCGUCAAUGGCGAUGACGUUACUUCCUGACCAUCGGCCACUUAAAACACAAAGCUGCCUCUACUUUAUGGGCAAAAAAAGUAAUUAGGAAAAAAGCCUUUUCCUGUUUACAAGCAGUUCUAGCGCAAAAUCCAAUGCACUGCAUGGCCUUUUCUUGCCUUCCCUUUCUCCCAUUUUGUGUUACUAGCACUUGCUAUGAAGUGUCCAGGUGUGAACAGGUGUGAAGAGUGAACAUGACACCCUGCCCCGGUGUUGUCUUACUGCAGGAGAAACUGAAAUAUUGAUGAGCUUUUCUUUGCGGUCGUUGCGAACAAAAUGCCUUUUUUUGUGUGAAGACUGCGCCAUUUCAAGAUCACAAUCAUCCACUCCAAGCUUUGAUAAUGCGGGUGUUUAUGUUGUUAACCUCAACUAAAGGAAGGGAAGACGUGUUUUUGUUUGUUAAUUUGUAUUUCAAUGGCUGCUUGUCAUUACACUGGAAUGAAACAACGUCUCGAAUAAAAAGAUGUCAUCACAUUUUGAUUAGAUUGAUUAGAUUCACUUUUGUGUUUGGUCUCUAGAGGUCACUGUUGUCAUGCACAAC